AUGGAGCAACUUCCAUCCCUAGAGCCAUUAAAUUACGAAGACUACCAAAAAUUAGAUACAAUAUCCAUUACAGAAUCUCGUACAGUGUACACGUGCAUGAACGAAACGACAGGAACAAUUUAUGCAAUGUACGAGUACAACAUGAUUGAUACAUCGCCAACAGGUAUCGGCAAAUUAGCGAGAAUGAUACAAAGAAUGAAGCAAAUAGAACAUCCAGGUAUAUUGCCUGUUGUUGGUUACACUUUUGCCGAUCCUGAAACUCAUCAAAAUCCGAUUGUUAUUUACGAAUAUCCGGGUGGUGAGAAUCUGUCGGCAAUUAUAGACUCUAUUUCUCUAGGUAUGAAGAAUACAACGAUGGAUUUCACUACAAUAAUGAAAUUAAUUUACGGUAUACUUGCAACAAUCACAUUUUUACAUGAAAAUAAUAUAGUCCAUGGCGAUAUUCAGCCAUCUAGCAUAUUUUUAACAGAUAAUAAAGAACCAAAAAUUGCAUCGGUCGGAAUAUUGACUCAAAAUCCAAAUACGUAUCAACAAACACACGAUGUGCAUACAAUGCUUAUGCUUUCAGCAGAAAUGUUUUCGAAAAACAUACCUUUUCUCACAAUUCAAUCAGAUAUCUACGCUUUGGCUAUGCUAAUAUAUCGUAUCUCCGCUCCACCACAAAUAUUCAAGCGAGAUGAGUUUGGCGGCUCUUUUUCAGAUUACAUUAUCAACAAUUCAGGUUUACCUCAAAAUAUCAGAGCUUUUUCUUUCCUUUGUGACUUCAUUACGCAAGGUUGGGAGAAGAACCCUGAUAAUCGACCAUUAUUACAGACUAUUAUUCAACCUUUCAAAAGAGAUGUUUUAUUAUAUUGUAGGAAGCUCAGAAAAGAUGAAUUUAAUGCAUAUGCAGAAACUAUGGAACAACAACUUACAUUAUCUACUUCUGGAAAUGCAAUUCAUCCAAUAAAUACUCGAGAAGGAGUUCAAUUUCAGAUAAGUUUAAUGAGCGUCAAGGAUGUCAUGAAUACGAAGGAAGUACAAGAUAUAUAUGCAAUUAAAGACCUCGGAAGCAAAGCAAAAGAAAGAGCUGUUUUUAUUAUUUUGAUGCAAGACGCUCUGAUGGAAAUAACGCCAGAAAGAUUCGAUAAUACCUGCACAUGGAUACUAAAGAACGUGAAUUUCUCUGAUCAGUCGCAUUUGACAAGUUUUAUUAAUAAUUUGAUGAUUGCGUGCAAAGUUCGCUUCAAAUGCAUUGAUAUUUAUUGUAAGAUGAUCAUAGAGUUGCUGAAAUACGAUACAAACUUCUUAAAUACUGCUCAGAUAAAAGAAUUAUAUCUGAAAAAGAUUUUUACGCAGAUGCUGGCUGGAGAACCUUAUCCUUCAAUGUGUUCCAACGUAUGCUUGCUAAGAUGCCUCUGUAAUGCUGGUGUUUACAAAAUUGAAGAAAUUAUUGAAGGAAUUAAAGAAUUUUACUACGAAAAGACCCGUCAGAAACGUCUUGUUUGCCUUAUAUUCUCAUGGUUCGCCAAGGAAAUUUUCGAAAGAGACCAAAAUUUGUUCAAAGAUGUGAUGGAAUUGUUCAGAGUAAAUUGCCAAGAUGUUUUCUUCCCAGGAGCUUAUAGAACUUUCUACGAAAACUUCGAGAAGUUGAAAGCUGAUGACUGGAAGCUCUUUAAAGAGAAUGUUUCGGCAAAUCCAGAUAGAAAUACGUUACUCGGGUCGAUUUUCCAUGAUGACCUUCAAGAAUUCAGCAAGAUAGCACAGUCAAUGAACUUGGACGAAGGUUAUCUUGUUCCUCCAGACACAUAUGAAAUUUGUUGUAUCGCAGACGCUUCUCCUUCACUUUAUAUGUACACGAAUGUAUACGGAUCCAAUCAGAUAUACGAAUACAUCCGUCCGAAGAAGAAAGUAGGCGCAAUUGCGACAAAUUACGCAAAAGGACCAAUUUGGGACAAAAAACACCGAAUGCUGCCAUUAUUUGCAGCAGCAGGUGGAAAAACAUCAUUCUUCCGCAGAUUCGCCAACAAAGAACUCGAUCCUCUCGACGGAUCUCUCGGAAUGGCGAUCACUUUUUACCAGAAGGCCGUUUACGAUCUUUUGAUACAGAAAAAGUACAAUCCAAAUAUUCCUGAUAAGGAUGGCCGUCUUCCGAUUGUUGUUUCCGCGAUUACUAAUAAUAUCUCAAUUUUAUUAGACCUGUUAAAGCGCGGAAUCCUUCCAAACGAGACAGAAAUCUUCCAAAGAACAGCUCUCCAUGCAGCAGCCGAGUACGGAAACACAGAUGCGCUUUAUAUGUUACUUGACAUAUCAGGAAUCGACGUAAAUGCAGGGGAUGCGUGGGGAGUAACACCUCUGCAUAUCGCUGCUGACAAUUGCCAGAUCGAUUCCAUCAGAUUAUUACUGAAUACGCCACAAGUUGACGUAAACGCCAGAACUGAUGAAGGAAAGACACCUCUGCACAUCGCUGUUGAGACUGAUUAUGAUUACAUCGUUAAAUUCUUUGUUGACGUCCCAUCUGUUGAUGUAAAUGCGAAAACUAAGUCAAACAAGACUCCUUUGCAUAUAGCAACAAAGAAGAGGAACGUGCAAAUCGUACAGUUGCUGCUUUCAAGGACUGACAUUUUGCUUGGAAUUGCAGAUAAAAAAGGAAGAACUCCUUACAUGAUUGCAGUGGAAAACGAAGACCAGAAACUCAUCGAAAUAUUCGAAGAGUUCGCAAAUAAGAGGAAACAACAGGAAUCUUGUAAGAUUUUCUAA